AUGGGGAGCAUAGAGGCGGACAGCCUGCCCACAACGCACCCCUUGAAGAUAUUCGAGGCAUGUCGCAAGCAGAACAAGUUCCUAUACGCAUGCGCGCCCAUGGUGCGCUACAGCAAGCUCGCCUUCCGCCAGACGGUGCACCACUACGGCGUGGACCUGUGCUGGACGCCCAUGAUUCUCGCCAAGGAGUUUAACCGCAGCAGUUUUGCGCGAGACAGCGACCUCACCAUUGGCACAGACGGCCCGCAACCAGUCACGAUUCUGCAGUUUGGUGCCAACGACGCCACGGAGCUCGCGCGCGCCUCGUCGCUCGCCGCGCCGCACGUCUCCGGCGUGGACCUCAACUGCGGGUGCCCGCAGGGUUGGGCGUGCGCCGAGACGCUCGGCGCGGCGCUCAUGAACCGCCGCGAGCUGGUGCGUGACAUGGUGGUGGCGACGCGCGGGCGACUGGCUCGCGACGGCUGGGCCGUCGGCGGCACGGACGCUGACGUCGAGGAUGCCAAGGGGCGCAGCGUGAGCGUCAAGAUUCGGGUGCACGACGACUUGAGAAAAACCAUCGACUUCAUCGACACCGUCAUCGGGGACCCUCACCACCGCAACAUUGACUGGCUCACCAUUCACCCGCGCACGCGGAACACGCCGUCGACCACGCCCAUCCGUACCGACGCCCUCGAGAUGCUUGCCGCAAAGUACGCCCCGACCCUUCCCAUCCUCCUCUCCGGCGACGUCUUUGACCUUGCCGCCCUCCCCGUCCUCCCGACACUCACCACCAAGGGCGACGACAACGACGACGACGCGCCACCGCUGCCAUCACCCAGCAACACGCACAUCGCCGGCUUCAUGUCCGCGCGGGGCCUCCUCGCCAACCCGGCGCUCUUUGCCGGCCACGCGGCGUGCCCGUGGGAGGCGGUCGAGCGGUUCAUGGUGCGCGCGGCGCGCGCCCCGCUGCCCGUCAAGCACGCCGUGCACCACGUGCAGGAAAUGUGCGGCCCGGGCUGUGGCCCGGACAAGAGCGCGCUGCUGAGCAAGAAGGAAAGGCUGGCAUUUGCGCGCAUGACGGACAUGACGGAGCUGGUCGAUUUCUUGGAUGACAAGAUUGCGGAGCACACGGGGCGGGCCGGGGGCUUACGGCGCGAUCUAUGGUAG